AUGCCGGAUCGGGAAGCCGUCCUCUGCAGUGAUUGCUCGCAGCUCUUCAACACGAAUGAACAAGUGGAGACUGAUGUACCAUACUCACCGAGAGCCUACAUACCAUUACCACAGGGCCAUCGCCUUCAUCAACUCCUAUGGUCAACAGACCUGGUCCUGGCAGCAAGCUUGGCGAACGACUGCCAUUUCUGCUCGCUCCUGAUCAGAAUGCGAUCCAGAGACAAUCGAGUAAGGGAGAAGGACCCAACGUCUCGAUCUGGUAAACAAACGCAGGAGAUCUAUCUCAACGUCUUCGAAAGGACGCGCGAUGAAGGGGACGGAGAGAAAUAUAGCUACCACGGCAUCGAAAUUCAGACAGGAAAACUUAGCUGGAUCACACAUGACUUUUCGUCUAGUCGACUGAGACUGUUCAAGUGCACUGAUUCGAGGAUUUCUAACAUGCGUGAGCUGGACCAGGACUCAACUACCACAUCCUCAGAGGCUGCGUUUGCUACUCUUGAAAAGUGGAUAAGUAUGUGUGAGGAGAAGCAUCACCUUUGCCGGCCCCUUAUGAAGACCUCAAUGCCAGAGGCGCAAGGCUGGCUCCCAACCCGGCUCGUUCAGAUCAAUCCACAGUCUGUACAAAUCAUCAACACCACAGAACGUCUCUUGGCCCCUGACAGUCGAUACACAACUUUAAGCUACUGCUGGGGUCCCCCACCGGUAACUUUCAAACGUCUUCUGCAAGCCAGCAUUGGGGACAUGAACAAGGGGUUCGGCGUGACCGCCCUACCCAAAACGUUCCAGGAUGCGAUCGCAGCAACCAGCCGCUUGGGGCUGAAUCUUAUCUGGAUAGAUGCACUUUGUAUCAUCCAGGACUCGGAAGAGGACUGGAGAAUCGAAUCGAUGAAGAUGUCCCAAGUUUAUUCACAGGCAUAUAUCAACCUCGCUGCUGUCGCGUCUGUUGAUGUACACGGCGGUUUAUUCCGGGAGAGAAAUCCGUUCUCCAUCAAUCCUUUUGAUUUGAAAAUAAAAUGGCCGGGAUUUUUCGAGGGAUCGUUAUGCUGUGUCCCGGAGGAUCCAUGGAUCGCUGCCAUCCGAAAUUCUCCACUGUCUAGCCGGGCGUGGACAUUCCAGGAACGAUUACUUUCAGCCCGAACGGUUUAUUUCGCCGAGGAUCAGCUGUUCUGGGAAUGUGGUGAGCUCUGCGCGUCCGAGAUAUAUCCUCUUGGAGGCCCUUUCGAUCCUGGUCUUAGGGAGAAGAGCUUCGAGCACCCGAGCAGACUGCCCGACGGUAUAGAGGUAUCGGAUUCUGGAAGAAUCAAGGAUCAGUAUGCUUUGCUGAAGUCCUGGGGAGCUGCCAUAGAUGGCCCAGGAUUUCUAGAGGUUUGGGGAACUAUCGUGGAAAAUUACAGCAAGGGGCGUCUGACAUUCCCACGUGAUAGAUUGGUGGCCAUCAGCGGUGUAGCCAAACAGCUCUCUGACCAUACGACAGAGAGAAACUACUUUCUUGGUCUGUGGCGCCCACAUCUUCCUCUUCUACUCCUCUGGGAGGACCUAGGACCCGAAGACGCCUCGGAGGACCAUCAACCACUUGUUUCGCCGCGACUAGGACCUUCAUGGUCAUGGUCCUCUCAUCUGAAUCCUGUCAGCUAUUCCAUGCUAUUCACAUUUCUAACGGAGCCAGAAAUAUGCGCUGAUGUGCUGGAUAUCGAUGUCGCCCCGGGAAUCACUCCCUUCACACAAGAUACACCUGAAUCCGGGAAGUUGGUCAUCAAGGCACCUAUGAUCAAAGCAAAAGUAGCCACAGCAAUACGGCGGAAUCUGACAGGGCCACUGUCACGGUCCUUCUACAUGACAUCAGGAGGUGUAUUUGGCAGAAGGGCAAGAGAAUGGGCACCAUUCUACUUUGAGAACGACGUUCUACUCUUCAUCGGCCAAGGUAUGCAAACAGGAUAUCCUUGUGAUAUAUACAUCGAUAGCAGCCUCGACUUAGCUGCGGAUCCCGAUGUAUUUUGCGUCAAAUUAGCCAGUGCAGACGUAGCGUAUCCUUGGGGGGCUCCAGGGGGUCUCAACACUGACUUUGGCCUCAUCCUAUCUCAUACUGGGCAAAAGGGGCAGUACAAAAGGGUCGGUUGCUUUGCGGUGGCCCCCUCGCAAUUGCUCCGAUCAUGGCGUGCUGAUAGUUGGUUCUGGCGACUGAGAUUCCGGAGUUUCAAGAACUUGAAGGAACGCCUGUUUCGAGCAGGUGAUAUCGAGUCCCGUUUCUAUCGAGACUUUGACGGGGUUGGGGCUUACACUAUUGAGAUCGUAUAG